CCAAAGAUUACCACGAUUGAGCUAAUGAUCCUGACGAAUGAAAAGAUGCAGCCGGAGAAUAGAAUAAUUAAAAGAGGGGAAGUUUACUAUACUAAUUUAGAUGAUGCCCAAGGUCAUGAGCAAAAAAACGAUAAAGAUAGUGAGAGGCGUUUAGUGGUGGAAAAUCAAUAUUUAUCACUCCUUAAUUCACCUUUAUUUCCGACGGCAGAAUUAGGAAUUAUUAAAGCAAAACCACCAGAAAACUAA